GGAGGCUUGCGAUCAUUAGCUUAGCAAAGGUUAGCAUUGUGACAGCUCGGGUGUACCGUCAGAUCUGCGCAGCUACUUUUUACUGAAGGAUUCUCUUUAUUGAAGAACAGUGUCUGACAGUGCAAAAUGUUGUCCUAUCUUAUAAGCCUAAUCCGGGGGAGCGUGGAUAGCGUCAUGAACUUCAUUUUCAGGCUUCUAUUUGCAAAGCGGAGACCUGCCAUUACCCUACAAGACCCCAACAUUAAAUAUGCUCUAAGACUUGUUGACAAAGAGAUUGUGAGCCAUGACACAAGAAAGUUUCGCUUUGCUCUCCCUUCACCUGCUCAUGUGCUUGGUCUCCCCAUAGGUCAGCAUAUCUACUUGUCUGCCAGAAUCGAUGGUAAAUUGGUUGUACGUCCAUACACGCCUGUGUCCAGUGAUGAUGACAAAGGCUUUGUCGAUCUAGUGGUAAAGAUAUACUUCAAAGAUGUUCAUCCAAAAUUCCCUGAAGGUGGAAAGAUGAGUCAGUAUUUGGAGAGCCUCAAAAUCAAUGACACUAUUGACUUCAGGGGGCCGAGCGGUCUUCUUGUGUACAAAGGAAAAGGAGUGUUUGCUAUCCAGCCAGAAAAGAAGGCUCCUGCUGAAACAAAAACAGCCAAACAUCUUGGCAUGAUAGCUGGGGGGACAGGAAUCACCCCUAUGCUGCAGAUCAUCACAGCCGUGAUGAAAGACCCUAAGGAUAAGACAGUAUGCCAUCUGUUGUUUGCAAACCAAACUGAGAAGGAUAUUCUUCUACGACCAGAGCUGGAGGAGAUACAAGUAAACAACCCAGACCGGUUUAAGCUGUGGUUCACAGUGGAUAGGGCACCAGCCAAUUGGGAGUACAGCCAGGGUUUUAUUAAUGAAGAGAUGGUGAGGGAUCAUCUGCCUGCCCCCAGUGAUGACACCCUCAUUCUAAUGUGUGGACCACCACCUAUGAUCCAGUUUGCCUGUAAUCCCAACCUAGACAAAGUAGGACACUCCGAGAGCUGCAGAUUCACCUUCUGAGGAAAAGGAAGAGAGCAUUCCCUUAUAGAUGCAGCCCUUCAAAUAUAAUCGCACUCAACAUGUUUGCACUAUAUCAUAUUCACGCUGUUUAUAAUGGAAUAGAAAGUGUGGACCAAUUUGUUUCACUAGCAAUUGUUGUGGUGUAGAUGACGUCAGUUAUGCAGAAAGGUUAUGGAUGCAAGGGAAAAGAUGCCAAAUCUGAUAUUAUCUGUCCCACCAAAGCCUUAUUUCAAUCAACUUCUUG